GAAAGACCUUACUGUUCUUGAAAAGAAUUGUUUCUGAAGACCAUGCAUCUCAUUUGGUUACAUGGAGAAAUUCUAGAGUUUCCUGGUUGGGCGAGCCGGUGGUGACUGCGGGAGUGGAGCCCCUGUGCGGUGCCCAGCAUGGACGGUUACACGGUCCUGAAAGUGAUCGGGGAGGGCUCCUUUGGCAGAGCCCUUUUGGUUCAGCAGGAGAGCAGUCAUCAGAUGUUUGCCAUGAAAGAAAUAAGGCUUCCCAAGUCUUUCUCUGACACACAGAAUUCUAGGAAGGAGGCUGUUCUGUUAGCCAAAAUGAAACACCCCAAUAUUGUUGCCUUUAAGGAAUCAUUUGAAGCUGAAGGACAUCUGUAUAUUGUGAUGGAGUAUUGUGAUGGAGGGGACCUGAUGCAGAAGAUUAAACAUCAGAAAGGGAAGUUGUUUCCUGAAGAUAUGAUACUUAAUUGGUUUACACAAAUGUGCCUUGGAGUAAAUCACAUUCACAAGAAACGUGUGUUACACAGAGAUAUCAAGUCCAAGAAUAUCUUCCUCACCCAAAAGGGAAAAGUAAAACUGGGUGACUUUGGAUCUGCCCGUCUUCUCUCCAGUGCCAUGGCGUUUGCUUGUACGUAUGUGGGAACACCUUACUAUGUGCCCCCAGAAAUUUGGGAAAACAUGCCUUAUAACAAUAAAAGUGACAUCUGGUCCUUGGGAUGCAUUCUCUAUGAACUCUGUACCCUUAAGCAUCCAUUUCAGGCAAAUAGUUGGAAAAGUCUUAUCCUCAAAAUUUGUCAGGGGUCCGUGAGCCCACUGCCAUCCCAUUAUUCCUAUGAGCUUCAGCAUCUGAUCAAGCAGAUGUUUAAAAAGAAUCCCUCAUAUCGCCCUUCAGCUACAACUCUUCUCUCCAGAGGCUCUUUAGCUCGGUUCAUCCAGAAGUGCUUACCCCCAGAGAUCAUCACAGAAUAUGGUGAACAGGUAUUAGAAGAAACCAAAAAAUCUAUGCAUAGUACACCAAGAAAAAAGGACCCCAGCAGAAUCAGGAUAGCUUUGGAAAAUGAAGCAAGCACAGUGCAAAGGGAAGAACCAGGUGGAAAGUGUAGCCACACUGACUUAGAAAGCAUUAAUAAAAAUUCGGUUGAAAGUGCACUGAGGAGAGUAAAUAGAGAAGAGAAAGCCAGUUCACCGGGUCCUCUCAGGCGACAGUGGGAGAAAAAUGUAUCCAGUACAGCUCUUACAGCUUUGGAAAAUGCAUCCUUACUCACCUCCACUUUAACGGCAGAGGACGAUAGAGGUGGUUCUGUAAUAAAGUACAGUGAAAAUAAUACCCGUAAGCAGUGGCUCAAAGAGACUCCUGAGACCUUGUUGAACAUUCUUAAGAAUGCUGACCUCAGCUUGGCAUUUCAAACAUACACAAUAUAUAGACCAGGUGCAGAAGGGUUCUUGAAAGGCCCCCUGUAUGAGGAAACAGAAGCAUCAGACGAUGUUGAUGGAAGUCAUGAUUCUGUCAUUUUGGAUCCAGAGAGACUCGAACCUGGACUGGAUGAGGAGGAUACGGACUUUGAGGAAGAUGACAACUCUGACUGGGUAUCAGAACUGAAACAGCGAGCUGGCUGGCAAGGAGUGUCUGAUGGAUAAUGCCCAAGGAAAUGUUCCUUAGUCACACUGAGAUGUUUAACAUGAGGAAUUGAUAUUUGGAUAAUACUUAACUCACGGGAUGUGUAUUUUCCUUUAGAAACAGAGUGAAGAGAGGGAAACUGAAAUUUAAAAUUAUUCCUGGUUAGUAUGAUAAGGUAUAAAAAAUCUAGAACUCUUAUGAGUUUUUGAAUUCAGAGGAGAAGGCAUAGCAGAAUGGGUAUGAGGUUUGGGCUUUGCGGUCAGAACAGAAAUUGAAUGCUACCACCUACUGCUUGUGUGACUGUGAGAAAUUACUUAACCUCUUUGAGCCUGAAUUUCCUCAACUACAAAAUGAGGAUAACAAUGCCUACCUCAUAGAGAUGCUGACCUUAGACCAUCACGGCAGCCCUUAAUGUUAUUAUUUGCAUUGUUAUGAUUUAUGCUUAUUACUAUGUAUCUCUUUUUAUAUCUCCUAAAGGUUUGAGGAUCUAAAUAUAUUU